AUGCUCGAGCGGAGAGAGGCUGACGACCGUUUGCGCGAAAAGUUCAAGGGCGAGUAUGAGAGAUGGACCCAAGAGACUGAUCGGCCUCCAUUACGUGGGGAGAAGCGAUACUACGAUUCUUACCUGGUUGACAGAUCGUCGGUUCUAUUGGCUGAGAUACAGAGGGUGGUCCACGCCCCGGGUGUAUCGGUUACAACUGUGAAUGCGGCAGUGUAUACAGCUGCGAAAGUCCUCAUAGAGGAAGCGGAGUCGAGGGACAGGCGACCGCGAAGGGCUGCUGGUGAGGAGCCGAGGAUUAAUGGAGGACUGUUGAGACUACAGCGAGCCCAUGACAGGCUGAGGCGGGAGCUAGGAUGGAUCUGUCAACUUCAGCAGCGAAGUCCGAGGCUCUGGACCACAAGGAUGAGGAACAAGACGGCCAAACUCCGCAAGAAGUUUGGUUCCUCUGAGAACGCCCUCCACAACCUCAAAACGAGGAAGACUCUGGAACUUGAGCAUGUCAGUGAGAGGAUCCGUACGAUCAAGCACCGACGCCAACAGCGCGAAUUCAAGAAUCAAAUGGCCCGAGACAGAGCCCUGUUCUACCGUCUCAGGAAGGAGGAACCUGAUGAUGAUGGCCAAGAGGCACAACAGGAAGAGGAGCCUGAGAGCGCUGGAGUGGCACAGUUCUGGGGUGAAGUAUGGAGAAGGCCAACGGCCGAAGAAGAGGCCCAGUCGAUCGAGAUGGACGGGCCAUGGCAGGAGAAGCUGCUCAACGACCUUGAGGGCGCUGAGGGAAUGCAACCUAUUGUGAUCUCGGCAGAGACUGUAGCUGCAACGAUCCGUGGGGCCAAAAGUUGGAAAGCCCCCGGACCGGAUGGCGUGAGGAUGAUAUGGCUCAAGCUAUUCUGUGGUGUGAUCUCUUCGGCCCUGGCCCGCUGCUAUCAGAGGAUCCUGGACAACCCGAUUGACAGCCCACCUUGGUUCACGACGGCGAGAUGCCAUUUAACACCUAAGAAGGUUCCAGACGGUGUGCAGCGACAACCACGGCAUUACCGGCCUAUAUCAUGCCUACCCACAACCUACAAGGUGUUCACUAGAGUCGUCUACGAUGUCUUAUAUGCCCACUGCGAGAAAUCUGAACUCAUAAUGCCUAGAGAGCAACAGGGAAGCCGCUCCCAGAGUAUGGGAUGCCUACACCAACUCUGGCUUGACUCCCUGACGACGCACCAUAUCCGACAAGCCAGACAUCGAUGUGCCAUAGCCUGGUUGGAUUUGGAAAGGGCAUAUGAUGGCCUACUCCCUACUUGGGUGGACUACUGGCUGACGAUGUUUAAGCUUGCCCCCAACUUUAGAGCCUGGCUCUCAUCGACCCGGGCCCAAUGGAGGGUGCAGCUCUACCGUGGAGCUGAGCGGAUAGCAGAAUCGGUCCCGGUUCAACGAGGAUUAUUACAAGGAGACGCCCUGUCAGUCCUCUUGUUUGUGAUCUGCACAUCACCACUGACGGCGGCCCUGAAGCACUGCCCCGGGGCAUACAGCUUUGGAAGGGCCCGGAAUGGUGUGACUAUCUCGCAUCUAGCCAUCAUCGACGACUACAAAUUAUAUUGUCGUAGCCCGCGUGAGCUAGGUGAGAAGGUGGCCACUGCCUCUCGGGUCUCGAACAGGGCUGGUCUUGGUGUCUCUAAGCCUAAAUGCGCAUGGUUGUCUAUACGGAACGGCGUUCCUGAGCCGUGGAGGGAUGCAGUGUUGGGCGCCCCAGCGGAGCUACAGGAGAUGCCCUACUUGGAGGGUGAUAUUACGUACAAGUACCUUGGUGUUGAGCAGAGCCUUGUGCCUGGCCCUGAGACGUAUAGGAGGAUUAAGAAUGAGCUCAAGUUCAGGGUAAAGAAGAUUCUACGGCUGGGCCUGCCUGCUGCCAGGACGGUACAUGCCCUGAAUGAGUGGGCAAUCCCAGUUGCGCAGUAUGCGUGUGGUGCUGGUGUCAUCUCUCGAACGCAGGCUGUUGACCUAGAUGUGGCAGUCCGUAAUACAUUCCGGAGGGCGGGGGCUCUGUCGCAUUCAUCAUCCACUGCCCUCUUCCAUAUACGGAGGGAAGACGGUGGACGAGGGGUGAGAAGUAUAGAAGACGUUUGGGCCCGAUCAGUGAUCACAGGAGCUGAGUAUCGACGCCAACGAUUUGCGGACAUGCUGCAAGUACUCCCAACCACAUCGCCUAUUAAGAAGCUUGAUGCUAUGGCUACGCAAUUGGUCGCAUCUCUUAACCUUGACCAAGCACUGCCCAUAACUACGGAAGCGUUGCGUGGAGCAUGCAGCGCUAGAUGGAGGAAUGUUCUUGAAGGCCAACCCCAAGCAGGACGGUGGUGGCGUGAAUUAUCCCUGGCGGCGCCAGACGGUAUCGACACUAAGGCAACCUUUGGGUGGAUUGACGACUCGAAGACGGUCGUGAGUGUUCAUGUGGAAAACGUCAUCAUGAACGUCAGGGCAAACUGCAUACCUACUAGAUCGUUCCCGAAGCGCCAACGAGACCCGAACUGCCGCGUCUGUGGAAGGACUGAUGAGUCCAUAACCCAUCUCCUGACAUCUUGUGUAGCCCUUCAACAUGCUGAGUACCUGCACCGACAUAAUGCUGUGGCCAAGGUCAUCUACAGCAAUGCCUUAGAGCUCCUCGGAUUCAAGAUGCAGGAGGAGUACUGGACGUGGACGAGGCCGCCAUCGAUGACGCAUGGGGAGAAGAGA